ACUUCCGAUAUUUGUGGUACUUACGAUAAAUCAAAAUAUCACGAAGGCGAAGUGGGCUCCACUGGAAGAACAUGGAAAAGUUGAACAUUACUGCUAAACCAAGGUAGAAAAACACGAAAUAACCUUUUUAAUAAAACAUGUGAAAAAGAUGAAACUAGAGUUGACAACAACGACGACGAAGAAGAGAGAAAAAAGCACACGCAGCGCAGCAAAAGCAAAAAACACGACCAAGAGACCACGACAACUUCGACAACUACGACGACGACGGCUACAAAAUACUUGGAGUUGUGACCACUACCAGGUCGCUACGCCAACGUGCAGCUAUAGGUUAAAGGCAGAAAAACAAAGGCGACAGAUGCAAGUAAGGAGCUAAUGCUGAAAAAUCAAUCAAACAACCAACACACCACAUGCUGUCCGUUGUUACCACUCCAAAUAACUAAAGCACCAAAAUGGACUUCGAUAGGAUUAUCUGCGGCUUGGAGUCAAACCAAACACUUGAGAAUGAGGAAGCAAAAAAGAAACUUGUUGAAAUUUUCACCCAAAAUAGGGAACAAUGGCCAGUGCGCUAUAUGCUCGACUACUACAUAAACACUGGCUCAAUGCGCAUUAUGGAAGUGCUGGUGAAGGCACAGCCGCCACACGAUAGCUACAUAUUCGAUCGCUUAGACGACUGGCUCAAGCAACAACAAUUUCGCGUACAGGCGCUGAACGUAUUUUGUUUUAUUGUGCGACGCCAUCCCACUUGGUUGCACAAAAUCGAGAAGCAUCGCCUUAUAAAAAGUAUAUUCAAGUUGUUGAUGCACGAAAAGGAUAUUGUGCCAUUAAUGAGCGCUCUUCUGUGCAUAAUUACGCUGUUACCCAUAAUCCCGAAUUCAGUGCCGAAUUUUUUGAACGAUUUGUUUGAAGUAUUUGGGCAUUUGGCUUCGUGGAAAUUUCAAAACCUGAAUAAGUUACCAGACGAAAAGGUCGUGCAUCUACAGUUGGGCUUGCAAAUGCUUUUCCAUCGGCUAUAUGGCAUGUAUCCGAGUAGUUUCCUUAAUUAUCUGUCGGAGUUCAUCAAGAAGGACAAGGGUAGUAUUUUCCAGCAUACGAUCAAACCGUUACUGAACACUGUGCGCUUGCAUCCGAUGCUAUUGACGGCUACCAGUGAAACGGAGGUAAGCAACCAGCGAUGGAAGGAAAUGGAGCCGCAUGAUGUGGUCAUGGAAUGUGCACAUUUGUCGCUACCCGUGCUGCAUCCCGACUCCACAUGCGAGGAUAUUACUUCCACUUAUCCAUGUAGCACGCCCAGCUUUAGUCGCAUGACCUCGACCACAUCCUACAGCGAACAGCAUAACAACGUUAGCAAUCAGUCCAACCACCAGCAUCUAACUGGGGCACCAGUUAGACGCUUCGAGUCAAAUAUAGCGGAUACCAACAAUACCCCAAUCUGGAGUCCACAUAACGAAAUAGCACCUGCUACCGCCAGCUCUGCUAUGCCGCUGACCCCUACGCCGUUUAUAGUGCCGCCCAGCAGCACUGCUCAGCUGCUUGUUGCCACAGGUUCCUCGCCGCCAGAGGCGGCUGUUGAGGCUACUCCGGAGACAACGCCAUUGAAGGAUUUGCGCGACUUUAAGCAACAACAAAAACAGCAGCAGGUGCCCAACUCACAUACGGUACGCGCUAUCUUUGCUAAUAGUCAACCUUCCUCUCCCAUGCGUAAGGAUCACCAAAGCCAAUUCCACUUUCCUGACUUAAGCAAGAUUCAGCCGACGGCCGAACCUCCUCAGCUUUCAGAUGCAUUGCUCACGGGUGGUCCGAAUACUGCAACGAUGAUAAACUCUGAGACCAAGGAUCUAAAUGUCAGUGUCUGUGGCGAAUGCAGCGAAACAGAUCGUAAUCUUUGUAGCGAUGGUGGCCUUCAUAUGCCUACCAACCGUAGCAUUCAUCAACUGGCCAAGGGCGUUAAGCGAAGAAAUCGAAUGGCAAGUUAUUGCUGCAAUGAGAGCAGCUUUACCAGCGGCUGGCCAAGUACGACGUCCACGAAGUGGACAACAAUACCGAGACAAACGGAAAACGAAAUGCGUCGUACUAAGUCGUGCUCAGCUUUGCCAGGUCUACAGCAACUGCACGAUGAUGACGAUGAGGCCGAUUGUCUGACUCUGCAACAAAAUAAUGGCAAUGGGAAUGGAGUGCAUAAUGACGUGCAAACACAAAAGACUGUGCUGGCUGGUACCCGACUGCAACGCAGCGGUCGAGUGCUGGCCAUGGGAACAUCCAAAAUCGUGACCGGCAAUGCGUACAAGACGAAGGAGGUGCAAACAGUGGAAGUGGUGCCGUUACACUAUGAAGAUUUACUCUUUGAAUUGUUGCGUGAGUGCAAGGAGCAGCGCAAUAAGUACGAUAGAAGUCAAUUGUAUCCGCAGGACAUACUCGAUCAGUACAUAAUGCGCUCCAUACACGCCAAGGAGAGCUGCGAUCCGUCAAGCAAUCUCGUUCCGCUGCAGGAGCAAUGGCAGCUGAUGUGCUUACAGUUGCUAUACGAACGUUAUCGUCGUAGCAUUCAUGCCGAGCGUAAUCGUCGCUUGAUGGGACGAAGCCGCGAUAAGCGUAGCCUGGAAAUGGAGCGAGAUCGUUUGCAGGAACAACUGAAAAACUUUGAUGUAAAGAACCAAGCUCUUGCUGCUAGAAUUGACUUGGGCAUUCGGCAAUCUAAUGAGCAGCUAAGCAGCUACAUCCAACAGCUGGCCGACCUGAAGUCAAAAUAUCAAUACGAGCUGGACCAAAAUAAGUGUCUACGGCAGGCGAAUGACGAUUUGCAGACUCGUCUUAAUGCCGAGAUGUUGCAGCGCAAGGAGAUGAACUACGAAGUGGAGUCGCUUCGCGGUAAAAUCUUUACCAUGACCACAGAAUUGCAACAUGCUCAACAGCAAGCGGAUCUUGGACAACAGUACAAACAGGAGCUAGCGCGCCUGGAGGCAGAGUUUAUUAUCAUGGGCGAGGUGCAGGUGCGUUGUCGGAAUCGACUGGCUGAAAUCGAUAGCUAUCGUUCACGCGAUGAGGAGCUAAAAUUGCUGCAAGAGAGUUUUAAUGCUGAACUAAAAGAUCUGAAGCAUAACCUAGACGAAAAGACUUCUCUACUCGAAAGCACCAAGCACAAAAUCAGCGAACAACUGGUUAAGUUGGAUAACAACGAUAAGGUUAUUGUGGAGCAGAAGCGCUUGCUGCACACCGUCAAGGAAGAAUAUGAGGAAAAGUUUAAGUCGGUAAACAAAAAAUAUGACAUUCAAAAGAAGAUCAUCAUACAAAUGGAGGAAAAGCUCAUGUUGUCACUGCAACAUCCGCAGAGUGUUGUCGGACACACAACGUGCUCGCCAGAUACUGACCGAACUGAUAUUGCCUCAUCCAUGGAACGCAAUUCACCGCUUUCGACGUCGCUGGCAUCUAGUGAAAGUCUUUCGGCAAGUCUGCGGUCCACGGAGCUAAAAAAUCUGCAACAGCUGCUUGAUUCGCCUUCGAUUCCCGAAGUAUCAACCCUAAGGGUCGGCGGGACUGGCACGAGCUCAGGCACGGGCGUGCCAUACGAAGACAAUGCGCGCAUGCCGGCAAUUGACUUGGCCACAUCAGCGGGCACUGCUAGUGCCAUAAAUAUAAUGCAAACGACAACGACGGCAGCACUGUCGCAAGAAUUGGACAUGCCAACGACAUCUAAUCACACACACACCCACCCACAUUUACACUUGCAACAGCAACAAGGGCAGCAGCCGAAGCAGCAGCAGCCACCGCACAGUCAGCAGUAACAACUGCAGCAAACAAUACGUUUGCAACAGAAAGUACACAAGGCUGUCAAUUAUAUAUAUAAAAAAAACAACAGAAAUGGUCGUCGGAAAAGGCAAGCUUCAACAACUACAAAUUAAACAUGUAUCAAAAAUAGCUGCAAAUAUCUCUUUUUUGUCUCCACUACCAAAAAUAAUGAAUAUCGGAUUAUGAAACGAAUUGUUCAGGGUUUUCGCAUUCAGUUUAAAAAACUGUAACUAAAGUUAAAUAAAACGCAGACUCCGCGCAAUAAUUAUAACGAUUAUAAACGUUUGA